UUUUAUUUAUAAAGUUAAAUUUAGAAAAUGUUUGUAAAUACCAUAUUUUCUAAAUUUGUUUUAAAUUAAUACAUAUCUUGCUCUUUUUUUAAAAUUUAAAAAGUAACUAAAUUAAAACCUAGAAAAAUAGGAGGAUUUAGUUCAAUUCAUUUGUUUGGCGAGACGAGUCGAUUACGUAGAGAAGAACGAAAGAAAAUUAUGAACUUCGUGGAGAAGAGGUUAAAAAAUGAAAUAUAAGAUUAAGCCUGAACCGUAUUAUGAGGGUCUUCCACCGUUUAAUGAAACUGGUAGUCCCUUUAAUGUUUCACCAAUACAUUAUCAUCCUGAAUUAGUUCAAGACUGUUGUAGAUUGAUUAAUUCUGAAUGGCCAAGAUCUAAUACUGCUCGACUUAGAUCUUUAGAGGCAUCUUGUGAUACAUUACCUGUUAGUUUAAUAUUGACAACAGAUAAUUUUAGACGUGUUAUAGGACAUUGUAAAUUAUCACCAAUACAAAGUAAAAGAAAUGCAUGUUUCGUAGAAUCAGUUGUUAUUGACGUAUCAUGCCGUGGUCAAGGUUUAGGUAAAUUAUUAAUGAAAUGUACAGAAGAUUAUUGUCGGGCUGUCUUAGGUUUAGAAAUUGUUUAUUUAUCUACAACUGAUCAAGAAGGAUUUUAUGAAAGAAUAGGUUAUCAAUAUUGUCGUCCUAUUUCAAUGUACGGUCCAAGACAUUGUGAUUUACCAACUACAGAAAAAUCAAAAAAAAAAUAUAUGAAAAAAAUUCUUUAGCUGAAUAUUAAAUUUGUUUAUAAAGAAAUUUUAACUAUAAAAAAAAUGAAAAGUAAUUGCGCAAAAAGAAAUUGUUCAACAAUAUAUUUAAAAAUUAAUAAUAUUUAUUAAACUUAAAGGAAAAAAAUUCUUGUUAAAUUAACUAGUAUUGUAAAUACAUAAAAAAUUGUAGAAAUGUUAUAAAAAAAUCGAUCAAAUCUCGUUGAUACAAAAUAAAUAACAAAAAUUUAAAAUUUAGCUAUUUAUUAAGUAAAUUAAAGUAAAAAUAAUUAAUGCAUAACAAUAAAUAGAAAAUAAAGGACAAAUAAUGAAAAUAAAGCAUAAUUCCAUUUAACUUUUAUUUUUUUUUUUGCUCCAAUUUAAAAGUUACUGAUUUGAUAAUUUUAAUAUGUAAAUAAAUUAAUCAUAAAACAUAUCUUUAAAGUAGAUUAAUAUCGAUAAUCUAAUAUUUUAAUUUAAUUUCAUAUAUAUUUUACGAAUUAUAAUAAAAACA